GAAACGAUUGACAGAUUGCUCCGUUUAAUUUCAAUUCAUGUUUGCUGAGUCAUCUUUCCUCCGUGCUUUACGCUUGCUGUCCCCUGGCUACAGUCAAAGGCAAAUAAUAGCAUUGCAUGAUUAGUUCUGACAUAUACAUAUGUAGACUUGCUUGCAGUGACUCUCAGUGAACAGUGCUGAAAUGUCAGGAGGCUGAAGCUCUCCACCAAUCAAAUCAUCCCUAUCCCCCUUGAUACUGGACACAUGGAACGGUGCCAUCUGUCUCAGCUCGCAUACGCCUGGAGACACAUUCACCUGGAUUUCUGAUGCAGGCAUCCUGUUUUUUUCACCAGCUGGCAUUCACAUUCAGAGGCCUGAUCUCCUGGAGAUGGCACACUUGCCUUACAGACGCCAUGGCAACUUUCCCCAAAGGCGGGCCACCCUGUUACCAUGGGUAGCCAAGUGUAGAGUGCAGCUGGCACUUGAGACCAUCCCAUCUGAGACUGGCUCAAAUCCAGCUACCACAGCACAGGAGCUCUGUCGUACUGGAUUUUUUGAGAUGGAAAACUGGUCUUGCAACAAGAAAACCAGAGCCGCGUCCGCUUUGACUGAAAAACAACAAAGACAGCCUGGAAAAGAAGUAGCAGCUUUACUGAAGAGAAUGAGGAUCCACCCAGAAGCUCAAAGGAUUCUUGGUAAUUCCUGCAUACCUGUAGUGAGCCUGACACGUCUGAAUUUCCAGUCUCUGCUUACGUCAUUAUCUCUGCAGCCUGUGGUGUCUCUGGUACGACUGCCAUGUCAAACACAAGCCAAGCUCCACAGUGACGCCGCCUGUUUGGAUCCUCCUCAACAGAAUGGUUUCAGUCAAAACGAGGCAAACAUUUUGGAGGUAAGAGAAGCGUCACCUCAGCCUAAACCAGCAGAGUCGUCUGAUCUCAUCCAACCAGAUUUACCAACAGACUCCUGGACUGAGCCAUACUGUCCUGACAGCCCCCCCUCUGUAGAACCAGAGCAGGACUCAGGCUUUGACUGUGAAUCUAAUCCAGAUCAGCCUUAUAUCCUGUUUGAUUCCGGAUGUGAUGAAUGGGACCCAGAUUAUAAAAAUGACUCUGAAACAUUUUAUUUGGAUCCAGAUCCAGACCAGACUAUGGUGAUCCAACUGGAUCCAGAACCAGAAGCAGAUCAGGAACUAUCCCUGGAGCCAGAGGAUGAAGCUGAAACAAAAUGUGAAGUGGAUAUAGUUCACAUGGACGACAGUGAGGAUCAAAAACCUGUUCUCUGCUGCUCAGAGGAGGAGGCGGACUCAUCCAUCCAGCAUCCUGGACCUGGUUUAAAGACCGAGGAGAUAGACAGUGAAGACUUCUGCGCUGUGUGUUUGAACGGAGGAGAUCUGCUCUGUUGCGACCGCUGCCCUAAAGUUUUUCACUUGGCCUGUCAUCUACCUCCUCUCAUCAGCUUCCCACUCGGUGACUGGGUGUGUACGCUGUGCAGAACUGACCAGGAGCCUGUGGAGACCUACGAAUGUGAGAACAUGCACCCCUUUGCGGCAGUCAAAGCUCCAUACACACUGUCCAACCAGGACCAGAGGAGGUGUGAGAAGCUGACUCUGCUGUUGUACUGUCACAUACUCAGCGCUCCGUUCCAUGAACCUGUCAGCCCCCUGGCCCGAAACUACUACCAGAUCAUCAAGAGGCCCAUCAACCUGUCAGUGAUCCGCAGGAAACUGGACAAGAGCAACACUCUCCACUACUUCACUGCCGAGCAGUUUGUCGAUGACGUGCUGCUGAUGUUCAAGAACUGCGCUACAUUCAAUUAUCCAGACUCAGAGGUGGGCCAGGCCGGUCGGAACCUGGAGGCGUUUUUCUUGAGCAAACUCAAGGAGAUUUUUCCAGACCAGACAUUCCCAUUGGCCAGCCAGGACACAACAGACAGAGCUCGCCUCCAGUGGCUCCGCAGGAAGAGGAAGGAGAACUGCAGGAAGAAGAGCUUUAGUGGCAAAAAAUAUUAUGUGUUUUAAAAUUGUAGUUUAACCAUUACAGAGUCGUAUGUUUUUAAAGCUUUUUAAACAAUGGGCAACAUGUUGAAGUUGUUUAUCCCAUCAGAUAUUAAUUUUGAAAACCAUUCAUUCUGUACUUUUAUUUUUUCAUAAAUGAAAACAGAUUAUAGGGUUACUAAGCAGGUGGAGUCAUUUUCUCAUUUCAGGUAUUUUCACAGAGUUUCAGGUACAAAUCAAGGGUUUGAUUCCAUUUAAUGAUUUGAAUGAAAUCUCUCAAGUGUACAAUAAUCACAUUAUUUCUGAUUUUCUGAAGGAUGGACUGUAGAAUUUCAUCUAAGUGUCAUGAAAUGUGAAUUAAAUAUUUUCCUGGUUGCUUAACAAAGAGAAGCGUUGUUAAAAACAGUCAGUCAGCUCUGGACAGUUCAGAUUACUUCUUUCAUGUACUGUAUAUUUGGUAAUUUGUAUAAUGCAAAUAUUAUACUCAACAUAACUGAAGGAUAAACCAGGACCUGUCAUACAGAUGACUUAACAUAAGCCUGGGAGAAUCCCUGCACCAAUUUCAUGUACAUUUUUUCAUGUGCAUUUUUUCAUAUUUUUCAGGUACAAACACUGUUUUGUCUGAUGUCUGCCACUUUGCUGUUGUUGAACACGAUGUCGACUGACUUUGACUUCUGAGAGAAAAUGCAGCUUUGAAUUGUAAAAAUGAAUUUGUAUUUUCUUAUCUGAAAUUCUGAUCGUUUAAAUUUAAUAAUA